UUUGUUUUAAGACAUUAAUUCAUUUUCCUAGUAAGAUUUGUCUUAGGUGGACAAAACAGAAACCGAACAAGAGAGAGCGUGGUUACCGCUAUGCUAUAUUUGAAGGUUUCAAACACUUUCCUUUCAGUUACAGAACAAGGAAGAAGAUGAUGAAGAAGAAGAAGAAGAUGGGUCCUCUUACAAUGGAUACCAUCUUUGAUCUCAUUGAAGAAGCUAAGCUCCGUUUUCUAUGGUGGUCUCUUUGUAUAUUCGCCAUUUCCUAUUUCUUAACACAUACAAGUAAAUCAAUGUGGAUGAAUAUACCAAUGUCCAUUCUUUUUUUUACUGGUCUGAAGAUUCUUGUGAACAAAGUGGAGUUUCGCUGGAAGGUUCAGCCACCUAGAUUACAAACUUACCUAUCUCAUUUGGAGAAAAAGCAGUUGCCGCUAGAUGAAGAACACCCCUCUACUUCACCUCCCCCUCCCAAAUGGAAGAAGAAAAUUGAUUCUCCUGUGGUGGAGGCUGCUUUGAACGAUUUCAUCGAUUUGAUAUUGAAGGAUUUCGUGAUAAAUAUGUGGUAUGCAGACAUUACUCAAGAUGGGGAGUUUCCUGAGCAAAUACGUGACUUAAUCAUGGACGCUCUUGCUGAAGUCUCGGUGAGGGUUAAAGAGAUAAACAUUGUUGACUUGCUCACAGGUGGUAUAGUUGAUUUAAUCAGUGAUCAUAUAGACCUCUUCAGAAGAAAUCAAGCUGCCAUAGGUAGGGAUGUUAUGUUAACAUUGUCUUCUGAGGAAAGAGAUGAAAGAUUGAAAUUCCAUCUGUUGAACUCCAAGGAGCUUCACCCAGCACUAAUAUCUCCAGAGAGUGAGUACAAGGUUCUUCAGCGGCUAAUGAGUGGAGUAUUAGCUACGGUAUUAAGAAAAGAAGAAGCUCAAGUUUCAGUCGUUCGAUCAAUAGCUCGGGAAAUCCUAACUUGCUUGAUAUUGCAGCCUAUAAUGAAUUUGGCAUGCCCUGCGUAUAUCAAUGAGCUGAUUGAGUCUCUUCUACUUAUCCUUAAUGACGGGGAUAUAAAUUGGAUGGGCGGUGGUGAUCAUAGUUCAAAUGCUACCAGUACCACUCAUAAUCACGAUAAUCACACAGCCUCUGCUGAUUGGGCACAAAUGCUGGACGCUGCAACUCAGAGAAGAACUGAAGUUCUUAUGCCUGAGAAUCUUGAGAACAUGUGGGCAAGAGGAAGGAAUUACGGAAGGGAAACCCGUAAAAAUGCCAAAUCUGGCUCUCCUGCAAAACAUUCUUCUGCAGACCAUUCACUCUUUGAGAGACAUUCCACUCAUGAAACAUCACCGAGGAAACCUGGUGGAACACAUGCUUAUCCAUUGCAUAGUGUGGGUUCAGAUCCCAUACUAUAUGAUGGAAGCACAACUAUGUCUGAGUCGUCAAUGGAUCAUGGCAAGAGUUUAUCUUUUGAAUCAGAUCGUCAAGUUGCCGAAGUGAGUGACAUCAUGGAUCUUGGUUCUAAUAUGCAUAAACUUCCACUCAGGAGAACCGGAUCCGGAAGUUCUUCUCUCUUGGGAGCCCAUCCUCAUAAAGGAGGGUUCAAUGCUGAGUUCCACGCCCCUGAAUUUAAGAAGCAUGAAGGAUUCUGGGGAAAGAGUAGUUUUGACAUGGCUACCAGGAGAGAGGGACAGGGUGUUCCAAAGCUUCGGUGCCGGGUGAUGGGAGCAUAUUUUGAGAAACUUGGAUCGACUUCUUUUGCUGUAUAUUCAAUUGCAGUGACUGAUGGACAAGAAAAAACUUGGUUUGUAAAACGAAGAUACAGGAACUUUGAGCGAUUGCAUCGACAUCUAAAACAUAUUCCCAAUUACACAUUACAUUUGCCUCCCAAAAGGAUAUUUUCCUCAAGCACGGAGGAUGCCUUUGUACAUCAGCGUUGCAUUCAACUUGAUAAAUAUCUCCAUGAUCUCCUGUCAAUAGCUAAUGUUGCUGAACAACACGAAGUAUGGGACUUCUUAAGUUCUUCUUCAAAGAAUUACUCUUUUGGGAAACCUUCUUCAAUGAUGAGGACCCUGGCAGUCAAUGUAGAUGAUGCUGUGGAUGAUAUUGUACGGCAGUUUAAAGGUGUUUCAGAUGAUUUAAAGCGAAAAGUUGGCACUGCAUCAUCAUCCCCUACCGCUGAAGGUUCUUCAAAAUCUUUCACUUGGAACAUGGAUGAAAUGGAUAGAAGUAACCCGAGUAAAAAUGCUGCAGAGAGUGCGUUGAGCUCUGAUACUGAGGAAGGUGAAAAAGAAGGCAAUUAUAGCCAUGAGAGUAUAGCUAGAGAAGUAGCAGAAGAUAGUUUGUGCCUUAAUGAUAAUGAAUUGAGCUCAAAGGAUUAUUCACAAGGGGUGUUAAACCAUGGUAAUGAGUUUAGUAACUUGGAUCUUGAUAGGAAACAUGAUGUUGUAAUCGAAGCAAAGGUUGGCAAGGAUGUUCCAGCUACAAAUGGAAGUCUGAGUCACGAUAAUCCGGAAGAUCCAAUUGGAGUGCCGCCUGAGUGGACUCCACCUAAUGUGACUGUCCCUAUUCUGAAUUUGGUUGACAACGUCUUUCAGCUUAAUAAAAGAGGCUGGCUAAGAAGACAGGUCUUUUGGAUAUCAAAACAGAUACUACAGUUGGUGAUGGAAGACGCAAUUGAUGAUAUACUCCUGAGUGAGAUUCAUUGGCUCCGGAGAGAGGAAACCAUCGCGCAAGGAAUUCGGUGGGUCCAAGAUAUCCUCUGGCCAGGUGGCACCUUUUUCUUAAGAAUUCAGACCCCUCAGGUGUUUAUUGGUGGUGGUGUAACUGAUCAAAAGCCUUUACAGACCAUAAGUGAAUCUGGUGAAAGGACCAGUCAGAAAUCACAAUUAUGGUGUUUCGAGGAACAACUAGAAGCUGCUCGUAGAGCAAGUGAUGUGAAGAAACUACUCUUUGACGGAGCUCCAGCAGCCUUAGUAAGUUUAGUCGGGCAGAAGCAGUACAGACGUUGUGCCAGUGAUAUAUAUUUCUUUAGUCAGUCUUCCAUAUGUGUGAAGCAACUUGCUUAUGCAAUCCUUGAACUUCUCCUUAUAUCGGUCUUCCCCGAAUUGCGCAAUGUCGUCAUGAGUGUUCAUGAGAAUAUGCAUGUUCACCAACCUGUAUAGACUAAGGGUUUCCUUCUCAGCUACUUGGAGUGGCAUACUUAUGUUCCUAACUAUAGCUCAUUUUAUGAGAAAAACAAAAAAGAAGAAACAUGAUUGAUGGUUUUGUCUCCUCUAGGGAGAGAAUAUUUUUGUAAACUUAGAGAUUUUGUACAUAAAGAUAAAGAUUCAUUUUGUAUUGUGUGGUAGACUGAUAAAGAUUCAUUCUGACUUGUGAA